AUGGCAGCUCUUUCGGGCGGAGAAACGUGCAUUAAAUACCUCAUGUUUGCCUUCAACCUGGUGUUUUGGCUGGCAGGGACAGCCGUGUUCGCCAUUGGCCUGUGGCUGAGGCUGGAUCCAAAGACCAAAGGCCUGUUUGAAGGGGACGACUCUCCAUAUGUCUUCUAUAGUGGGGUAUACGUCCUGAUCGCAGCAGGUGCCCUCAUGAUGGUGGUGGGCUUCCUCGGUUGCUGUGGGGCCAUCCAGGAGUCUCCCUGUAUGCUGGGCCUGUUUUUCUUCUUCCUGCUCAUCAUCUUUGCUGUUGAGGUGGCAGCAGGAAUCUGGGGGUUCUCAAAUCAAACCAAGGUGGUGGAUGAUAUUACAACCUUCUACUUACAAACGUACAACAAGUACAAGGAGACGAGCGAUUUACGCCUUAAAGAGACGUUAAAAGUAAUCCAAAAUGGGCUCAACUGCUGUGGUCCCACUGGCUCUGUGGAUGACAUCGCCAAAGACACAUGUCCCAGAGGAAGUCCACUCCAGGAGCUAAUCACUAAGAGCUGCCCUGAUGCUAUUGAAGAGGUGUUUGACUCCAAACUGCACAUCAUUGGUGGUGUGGGUGUCACCAUUGGAGUCAUAAUGGUGUUUGGGAUGAUUUUCAGCAUGCUCCUGUGCUGUGCAAUUAGAAAGUCUCGAGAGGUGGUGUGA